AUGGCCAACACCACACGCUGGCCCAAGUCCGCUAACGAGUGGACGGCGGACGACCUGCGAGCGUACAACAUCAGCGUCUCCUCGGUCCCUGCAUAUGAAUUCUUCUCCUGUCCUCCGCCUCCCAACAGCUCGCUAGACAAGCUUGUCGAUCCGGCCAUACUCACCUCCCCCUGCCCUGGCCCCUACCCAAAUUGCAACACCAACCCCGACCUCCCGCACCACGUCGAACAAUACCUCGGCUACCUCUCCCUCGCAACGCGCACCACGCCCCUAGACCCAAACCGGGAGAGCGCGAUCGUGAGUUUCUCCGCGAAGACGCUCAAGUUGCUUGGAUUUCACGGGCGUGACCGUAUCGGAGAAGAUAGGGAGAGGGAAAGUGAGCAAGGGGAAGGACAGGAGAUGGUUCAGAAGGUGGUCACCAUGCACUACGAGCUCCCGUUCACGAUCUGCACAACGACGCGCGUCGCACAGACGGGGGUGUGUCUGAUUUCGAUGAGGCCGACGAUGGUCUUACUGGUCCUCAUCGCGGACCCGACUCAGCCUACCGCGGUUACGGAGUCAAAAGCAAACGCUUCCUCACCAAACGCAGAGGCGCACCUCAUCGCAUCUGCCAUCGCAACCUUCGAGUCCAACAACGCUAAACGCAGCUCUCGCGGCCUCCCAGCUUUUUCCUCCAUGACCGUCCCGGGGAUAGUGAUGCACGGGACUUGCCCGACGUUCUACCUCGUACCGGUAACGAGAGAGCUGAGCGAGAGCGUGAUGUGUGGGGUGUGGCCCGAAAAUUCGACGGAAACAAAGGUGGUUCGGUGUGAGACGGUGGCGAAGGUAAGAGGGGAGGGAAAGGCAGGAGAAGGGGGCAUGGAGGAUCCGAGGUAUAGGAAGUUGGCGCUCGAGAACUUCCUGGCGUUCAAAGAACUCGCGAGGGACCAUUGGGAAAAUUUAUUCAAAGGGUUUUAG